CUUCUCCUCUCCCCUCGCCGCGCCUCCCUCCCGCGGCGCGUGCCGCUCUCCCACCGCCUGCCGAACCUCUCGCCGUCGAGCGGCCCAGCAGCGCCGCGGAUCCCCCGACCGCCGGUCUCGUCCUUCCCUGCUGGGCCACCGCCCCACCCGUUGAUCCAGCCAUCCGUCGCGGGCCUCCGCCCGGCCGUCACAACCACCAGUCUCGCGGCGGCCAGAUCCCCAACGUCGCGUCGCUCUCCAAGUGCCGCCUACGCCUCCUCAAGCUCGAGCGGGUCAAGGACUACCUCCUCAUGGAGAAGGAGUUCGUUGCCGCGCAGGAGCGACUCCGCCCCCAGGAGGACAAGGCCGAGGAGGACCGAUCCAAGGAAGCCUCGGUCCUGCCCCCAAGGAACCGGGAGAUGGGUGUGUUUGAACUCAAGAUCAACCAGCUAGUACUGGAUUGCGCAUACUGCCAACAACCCCUCCGGCCUGACCAGAUCAGGCCCCAAGCGUACACGUGCGCUGGCGGCCACAUCUAUUGUGGUGCCUGCACCCGCCGACACGAAAAGGCAUGUAUCUCCAAGUGCCAUUUGCUGGACCGCACCAUCGCUCAGAUGGAGUUCAAAUGCAUCCUCUGCGACUCCGGGGGCGAAUACGUCCCCUACGGCAAGUUUUUUGAACACAGGUGCAACACCGACGUCGUCGAUCCCAAGCUUCCGGAACGGCAAAUGGAGUUCGCGUUUUACGGGCGCGGCCGCAUCAAGACAAGUCUACUUGUCUGCUCUGAAUGCGAGCUUCCUCUCCGACCUCCUAUUUUCAGGCAUAUCUCUGGUGACGUUCUCAUUUGUAGCCCCUGCUACCGUGGGGAUAUCGUCAACUAUGUUCGCUGCAGUGAGCUCGACCACCUCGUCCAAGGUAUCAUGGUGAAAUGCGUGGCUUGCCAAGAAUACAUUCCAUUCUCCGCCUUGGCUUGGCACCAGCUGCGGGAGUGCCCAUCCAAGCAUAAAUUGCAAAAGAUUGCGCCAGGCUCAAGUGCUCGGAAAAACUUGUGUGACUUUAUCCUCAUUUCAGAUGAAGAGGAAACUGAGAGACUUUCAACGUGCAGCAGUUGUAUCCAGGGAAAAAACAAGCAAAAGGCUCCUUAUGAGGUUGGUAAAAUGGACAAGCACAUUGUUCGUGGUGACGAGGUUGGGAAUGAUGAUGACUCAUUGGAUGACAACCAUGAGAUGGGUGUGUUUGAACUCAAGAUCAACCAGCUAGUACUGGAUUGCGCAUACUGCCAACAACCCCUCCGGCCUGACCAGAUCAGGGCCCAAGCGUACACGUGCGCUGGCAGCCACAUCUAUUGUGGUGCCUGCACCCGCCGACACGAAAAGGCAUGUAUCUCCAGGUGCCAUUUGCUGGACCGCACCAUCGCUCAGAUGGAGUUCAAAUGCAUCCUCUGCGACUCCGGGGGCGAAUACGUCCCCUACGGCAAGUUUUUUGAACACAGGUGCAACACCGACGUCGUCGAUCCCAAGCUUCCGGAACGGCAAAUGGAGUUCGCGUUUUACGGGCGCGGCCGCAUCAAGACAAGUCUACUUGUCUGCUCUGAAUGCGAGCUUCCUCUCCGACCUCCUAUUUUCAGGCAUAUCUCUGGUGACGUUCUCAUUUGUAGCCCCUGCUACCGUGGGGAUAUCGUCAACUAUGUUCGCUGCAGUGAGCUCGACCACCUCGUCCAAGGUAUCAUGGUGAAAUGCGUGGCUUGCCAAGAAUACAUUCCAUUCUCCGCCUUGGCUUGGCACCAGCUGCGGGAGUGCCCAUCCAAGCAUAAAUUGCAAAAGAUUGCGCCAGGCUCAAGUGCUCGGAAAAACUUGUGUGAUGAAGAGGAAACUGAGAGACUUUCAACGUGCAGCAGUUGUAUCCAGGGAAAAAACAAGCAAAAGGCUCCUUAUGAGGUUGGUAAAAUGGACAAGCACAUUGUUCGUGGUGACGAGGUUGGGAAUGAUGAUGACUCAUUGGAUGACAACCAUGCUGAGAGUGGCAUGAGAGUGGCUGAAAACGCGCAGAAAACAGCACCUACUGCAGCCCAUGCUAGCACGUCGACAUGUCGAUGCCUGCCCAUCACGGCUCCCUUGAAGCCACCUCUACCUCAUCGUCCAGUCACCCGUCUCUUCCAAGCAGCCCACAACAGGAAUAGGGGUGGUAAAAUGGGUGCCCUUGUGACUGAUAGCUCAACCUACAAAGCAGGCCAGCAACGGACCAAACGUGAAGGUCCUAAUAUCCAACGGGGGAUAAAACGGCGCUCUUGUGAACAAUCGUAAAAUCCUAUGAGGCUGCUGUGCUUAGCUUGUAACAUGGAAAAGCAACUAUAUUGCGUUGUAAGCUUGCUUAACUUGAGAGAUGUUCUUAGCGUUGAUUUAUCAUUCUAACAUAAUUUCACGUUUGGUUAUCUUUGAUA